AUGGGUAGAGGAGGUUGUGAUUUCUGGGUUUGGUAUGAUGUGGAAAUGUGUGAAAGGUCUAAAGUUGUGAUUCCGGUGUUGCUAAAAAAGCGGGAUAAGUUGGAGAAUUCACUAGCAAAGGCUAGACGUAGAAAGAAGGUUCUUUGGGCAGUAUUAGUGGUGUCGUGGAUGCUUAUUGCAAUGUUUUUCUUUGGAGGGAAUGGUGGGUCAGAUGGACUGAAGCUGAAGACUUUGAAAUUGGCAUGA